GAAAACAAGACGAGGGGCAGUAGCACGCCCACGACAGCGAGCAAAGCGGAUUAAAGUCCCGCGGCGAUGGCAGGAGAGACCGAGGACGAGAUACCAGAAUCGGGAGCAGUUUUUACUUUUGGGAAGAGUAAGUUCGCCGAGAACGUCCCCAGUAAAUUCUGGCUUAAAAACGACGUGCCGUGUAAAAUAGCUUGCGGAGAUGAACACACUGCCUUAAUAACAGAAAAUGGGAAACUCUUUAUGUUUGGCAGCAACAACUGGGGCCAACUCGGUCUGGGAUCCAAACAGACUGUGACCAAGCCUACAUGUGUCAAAGCUCUGAAGUCGGAGAAAGUUCGGCUCGUGGCCUGCGGGAGAAACCACACUCUCAUCUGCACCGCUCAGGGAAAAGUGUACUCGUCCGGUGGGAACAGUGAGGGUCAGCUGGGCCUCGGUCACUGCGAGGAGAGGACGGCGUUUCAGCGAGUCCAGGCCCUCGAUUCGCACGGGCCGAUCAAAAUGCUCGCUGCUGGUUCAAACACCUCUGCUGCUCUCACAGAGACGGGUAAACUGUUCAUGUGGGGCGACAACACCGAGGGCCAGAUCGGUCUGGGGAAGGAGAGCCACGCGUCCGUGCCUCAGGAAGUCAGCGUGGGGCAACCCGUCAGCUGCGUGGCCUGCGGAUACUACCACUCUGCCUUAGUGACUGUCGACGGAGCUCUGUACACGUUUGGCGAGCGCGACAGCGGCAAACUGGGUCUGGGCACCGACCAGCUUCCCAAACACCGGCUCCCUCAGCUGGUGAAGAGCAUCAAGGAGCCGGUGACACAGGUGGCCUGCGGUGGUGGACACACAGUGGCGCUCACAGAGGAGGGCGUGUACACGUUCGGCCUCGGCCAGUUCGGGCAGCUCGGCCACGGGACGUUUAUAUUCGAGUCGCGGCUGCCACGUCUGGCCGAACACUUCAGGAAGGGACGGGUCUGUCAUGUGACCUGUGGAGAGAAUCACACGGCUGUCAUCACAGAUGGAGGUUUGUUGUACACAUUUGGAGAUGGGAGACACGGUAAACUGGGGCUGGGAGAAGAGAACUUUGCCAACCAGUUCAAACCAACUCUGUGUCCGCGCUUCCUCAAGUACAUCGUUCAGGAAGCCGUGUGCGGCGGCUGCCACAUGGUGGUGUUGGCUCGGCCCAGGGACCAGAGCUGCGGCGCCGUGACCCUGGAGGAGGACGACGCGACGGAAGACUACCUGGACAAGCCGUACGUGGAGCUGCUGGGAGACACGGCCGACUCGUCCACCCUGCAGAGGAGCCUCUCUGCACGGGUUCGCAGGAGGGAGAGGGAGAGAUCUCCAGAUCAGUUUGGUGCCAAGAUCAACACGCUGCCGGCCAUGACACCCAGCUACCUCCACCCGCCGCUGCCCCUCUCCGGCCACACCGCCCCUCCUCCCAGGCUGCCUCCACCUGAGCCCACUCACAGAAAGAUGCUCAACGGCACACGCCGGCACCUCAGCACGGGGUCACGCCACCGGGCGCAGGCAGGCGGCGACACGGACAGCGCCGUGGAGAGUCUGACCGACGCCGACAGCGUUAAAGGCCUCGGAGAGACCACAGAUUUCCUCAACAUGACACAUGUGAUGAAGAUGGACCCCGGCGAUAAAACACUCACUCUGUCUCCAGUUCAGAAGAGGAAGGGUAAGCACAAUAAAACCACCGUAGGACACAGGGAGAAGCAAAUGAAGGAGAGAAGCCGCUCAAAGGAGAGCAGCUUCUCUUCGGCGUCGCCGUCUCGUAGGAGCGAGGCCGCGCCUCCUCGCCGCGCGUUUCCCGCCGAGCUCCCGGGGAGCCGCGGUGCGUCACGGAGACAAAAGACAACAAAGCAGAACAAAGAGAAUCUGAUCGUAGGGAAGCAUGAAAGGAGAGCCACUCAGAUCAAACCGCAGAGGGAAGGGGAAAUCAGGAAGCAGCGUUCCAGUCCAGUUCAGGGUAAAAGCUCAAACUCGAAACAAAGCCAUGUCACUAAAAAGACAUCGUCAGGUGUGUCUGCAGGGGUGACCGCGACCAAAGUACAGGCGCAGCCUUUCAAAAGCAAACCUGUUGUCAUGCAGAGUCAGUAUUCAGGCGUUCGCUCACCAGGUAAACACGCUCGCUCACCUGGCUUUCAUCUCAGUGACGCCUUGGAUGAAGAAAGCACAGGGAGAUCUCGACAGGUUUCAAAGGCGAAGAGCGCUUCUAAAUCCAAGACAGACAGUAAUCUGUUAAAAAAGUCUAAAAAUGAGAAAAAUAAAAAGCAGGCCGAGUCAAAAAAGGAGCUUGUAGAGGAACUCCAGAAAGAGCCAUUUGAUCUGAGUCUGCUCGCCGGAGCGGCGUCGCUCGCAGCCGGGUCGGUGUUGGUGCAUGAGGUGGCGUCCAGAAGUCGCUUGGACUCGACGUUGUCGUCCUCUCGGGGCGACGCCGAGAGGAAAACAAAGAGCGAUGUAAGCAACAAGUCGGCGGUCAGCAUCAACAUCACGCCUGCCCGCGAGAGUCCUGAGGCGAGGACAAGUCAGGACGAGAGCGAGGAGCAGACGGACUCUGCAACUCUCAAACGGGAGGAUGAAGACGAGGAAGAGCAGAGGACGAGUGCAGGUGUAAGCGAGGAGGAGGAGGAGGAGGAGAGCCAGAGUGUUGAAGGUGACAGUGAAACUUUUCACAAGUCUGAAACUAGUGGAGACAACGAGGGAAGCAGGGGUGAGGAGGAGGAAGAUGACGAGAGCGCUGCUGAGGAAGAAGAGGAAGGAAGUAAGGCGACCGGAAGUGAAAGUGAAGACGAGACAGAAGAGAAAGAGAGCAAAGGGGGUGAUGUAGAGGAGGAGGAAGAGGAGGACGGAAGUAAGGCCACAGGAAGUGAAAGUGAAUAUGAGACCGAAGAGAACGAGAGCAAAGGGGGUGAUGUAGAAGAGGAGGAAGAGGAGGAAGGAAGUAAGGCAACAGGAAGUGAAAGUGAUGACGAAACAGAAGAGAAAGAGAGCAAAGGGGGUGAUGAAGAAGAGGAAGAGGAGGAGGAGGAGGAAGACGACAGGUCAAGUCAUGAGACAGAUAGCAAGGAAGGAGAGUCAGAAAACGAGGAGGAGGAGGAAGGUGAGGAUGACUUGGAAAGUGAGGGCGAGGAAGAGGAGGAUGGAAGUGAGUCUGGAAAAUCGUCAGAGGACAAAGAGGAGAGUGAGAGUGACACGGAGAAUAGUGCUGAGGAGGAGGAGGAGGAGGAGAGCGAAGAUGAGGAGGAAAGCGAGGAUGAGGACGUGAGUGAAAGUGAGGGGGAAGAUGAAGAUGAGAGUGAGAGUGAAAAUGAAGAGGAAGAAGACGAGGAGGAGGAGGAAGAAGAGAGUGAAGAAGAACAAGAGGCGGAGGAGGAAGAAGAGAGUGAAGAAGAACAAGAGGCGGAGGAGGAACAAGGCAGCGAGGAAGAGAAAGAAGAAGAUGAUGAUGAUGAGGAAGAUGAUGAAGAGGAGGAAGAAGAAGAAGAGGAGGAGGAAGAAGAAGAAGAGGAGGAGGAGGAAGAAGAAGAAGAAGAAGAAGAGGAGGAGGAGGUGACAAAAGUCAAAAGUGCAAAAGCAAGGUCAGGGGUGAAAGGUCAUUCUGCAGGAGAGUCAGAGGAGUUUUGGGGCGAUGUCUUACCUCAGUACCUCAACCUGAAAUAAUAAAAGUGAAGAUUCAUUGAUUAUCUUGUCAAGUUAUUAUCUUCAUUUCAGUCACCAUUAAGUUCCCAGAAUGCAAUUUGUCUUCAUGGUUCUUAAAAACAAGGUCGUUCAAUUCGCUAUCAAAUGAAAAGGAGAGAAGAGAGAAGUUCACUUUAUUUAAGGAUAAUAUAUAAAGAAUACUUUGAGGCCUUUGUCCUCUUGAGUUUUCUUUAUUUAAAUUGCUUCCAUGUCUCAUUUUAAGUCCUUAAAAGUUUCAUAUUCUAACAUAGAUAAAUAAAUGUGUGUG